AUGGCCGAAGGAGGUGGUGGUGAGCUACGAGCUCCCAUUUUCAAUAGAAGUAACUACGAUUUCUGGAUGAUCAAGCUGCGUACGAUCUUCAUCUCGCAGGAUCUCUGGAAACUAGUUGAAAAAGGGUAUGUAGGACCUGAGAUGGAUGAGAAGGUUGAGAAUGACCUUACAACAGCUAAAAAACUAGCAUUAAAGGACAACGUCACUAAAGAUGCAAAAGCACUGGGACUAAUUCAAAAUGCAGUCUCGGAUGAUAUUUUUCCUCACAUAGCUCAACAGAAUGAUGAAUCUUUAUCUAUGUAUGUAUCUAAACUGUUUGAGCUUGUAAAUCAAAUGAGGUCAUAUGGGGAAGAACUUUUUAAUCAAAGAACUGUGCAAAAGCUUUUGAUUAGUAUACCUAGGAGUUAUGACUCGAUUGCAGAACUUAUAGAGGAAACCAAAGAUACAGAUACAAUUGGUGUGCAAGAUGUUAUGGGUUCCUUGAAGUCACAUGAACAAAGACUACAAAGGCAUGCUGACUAUGGUUCAGAGAAGGCUUUUUCAUCCCUGAGUAUCAAUCCUAAAGAAGGAUCAAGUUCCUCAUAUGGGGGUAGCUCAAAAUUCAAGAACAACUGGAAAAACAAGGGCAAGAAAAUGGAUGUAAAACCUGCAAAUGUCGCAAAGAAAGAUAAUCAAGGUGAAGGAACAAAGACUUCAUGUGUUCACUGCAACAAAUUGCAUUAUGGAACCUGUUGGUUUAAGGAAAAACCCAAGUGCCAUAAAUGUGACAGAUUUGGUCACUUGGCAAAUGACUACAAAAGCAAAAUUGUCAUGCAGCAAAUUACGCAAAUGAAGUAG